ACGGGGACCGCACGCGGACGUACCAUACGCGUGUGCAGUGUGCGCGGCUAUUAACCCAGGGAUAUAAUAAUUAUUUUUUUAAAGUAAAGAUUAAAGAGAAAAAAACCUAUCAAAGCUAUUUCUAAUAAUCCCUAAAAUCACAAUAUACGUACACAUACAGUUUAAAUAACCAUAACAUUGUGAAUAAAAUAGUAAGUGUACCACUGAUUACGUUAAAACACUGAUAAAUAUGGCGAACAACGUAGCACCGGACUCGUGGGAACAGCAGGCGGACAAUGGUGAUACGACAACUGCCGACAGUAAAUUUAUCGAGGGUAAAUUUUCAACAUUGAACGUUAAUGCAGCGGAAUUUGUGCCUUCCUUCUGCAUAAAUACAAUACCUGAUAAAACAUCAACGAGUUUGCCAACGAGUGUUGACGACAGUUGUGUGGAUAACAGUACCGGGAAUACUACAGGCGAAACGCCAAUUGGUGAUACCAAUACUGCUGAUGUCGCCGUGACCACCUUUGUACCACCCGAGACUCACCAUGCUGCAACUGUACCAGCUCUGCCACCCGAUCCUGUCAGCAACAGGAUGGACGAGCCACCCGCAGGCGGGGGAGCACCUCCGCCCAGUGUCACUGAUCCUGAGGCCAGCAACAGCAGCCCUGAGCAUCAGCCCGCCGACUCCUGGGAAGAAGCUGCUGUCGAUGGUGAUCCAUUACUAACACCAGAGAAUGAAGAAGCUGAUAUCGAGGAGGAUGAAGAAGCGGUUGUGAAAGUAACUAAAAAGAAACCAGUCAAAGUAACAGAGGAUACUAAAAGUAAAAAGGAACACGUCAAUGUUGUUUUUAUUGGACAUGUCGACGCUGGUAAAUCAACAAUUGGCGGUCAAAUAAUGGCUCUAACAGGUAUGGUAGACAAGAGAACACUCGAGAAAUACGAGAGAGAGGCUAAAGAGAGGAGCCGAGAGACGUGGUACUUGAGUUGGGCUCUAGAUACCAACCAAGAGGAGAGAGAGAAGGGAAAGACAGUUGAAGUUGGCAGAGCGUACUUUGAAACUGAGAGAAAGCACUUCACUAUUUUGGAUGCACCAGGACACAAGAGUUUUGUACCAAAUAUGAUUGGUGGUGCUGCACAGGCUGACCUUGCUGUGCUCGUUAUAUCAGCUAGAAAGGGCGAAUUUGAGACUGGCUUUGACAGGGGUGGACAGACGAGAGAGCACGCUAUGCUCGCUAAAACAGCUGGUGUUAAGCAUCUUGUAGUACUAGUUAAUAAAAUGGACGAUCCAACUGUCGAGUGGGAUGAGAAGAGAUACAACGAGUGCAGAGAUAAAAUUCUGCCUUAUCUACGCAAAUUAGGAUUCAAUCCAGCUAAAGAUCUCACAUUUAUGCCGGUAUCGGGACAAUUAGGAAUUGGAUUGAAGGAUCCUAUUCCAGAGUCACUAUGUACAUGGUACACGGGCCUACCUUUCAUUACAUUCAUCGAUUCUCUGCCGUCGUUAAAUCGUAAGAGUAAUGGACCAUUUAUCAUGCCAAUUGUUGAUAAGUAUAAGGACAUGGGGACGGUCGUCAUGGGGAAAGUCGAGGCGGGGGAGGCGAGGAAGGGACAAGCAUUAUUAGUCAUGCCAAACAGGACAGCAGUAAUUGUAGAUCAACUAUGGUCUGAUGACGAAGAAGUCACGUCUGUUGGACCUGGUGAGAACGUGAAAAUAAAACUAAAGGGAAUAGAGGAGGAAGACGUGAGUCCCGGUUUUGUCCUUUGUGACGGCAAUAAUCCCAUCAAAACUGGGAAGACAUUCGACGCCCAGGUUGUCAUAUUAGAACACAAGAGUAUCAUCUGCGCUGGUUACAGUGCAGUCAUGCACAUUCACUGCGCAGCCGAGGAAGUUACUGUCAAGGCACUUAUAUGUCUUGUUGAUAAGAAAACUGGUGAAUAUAGUAAAACGCGACCGAGGUUCGUCAAGCAGGAUCAGGUUGCUAUUAUGAGAAUAGAGUGUGCUGGAGUUAUUUGCCUUGAAAAAUUCAAACUAUUUCCACAAAUGGGACGAUUCACCCUCAGAGACGAGAAUAAAACAAUUGCCAUCGGCAAGGUGCUGAAGGUGGUCGAGUAAGAGAACCAUUAAAUUCCACCACUUUGCUCAACUUCGUCGAUCGUAACUGCAGGUCAAUGGCAAAUGAAAAUCUGAACAAUUACUAGCAAUGUCGCGCGUGUGUGUUGAUCAACGGUAAAUCGAAAACAAUAUAAACUACAAUUUAAUUGCAACAACCCAUUGGGUCGCAACAAGAUGUUGAACAAAUCAACACCAACAGAAAUGUUCGAAUGAGUUUACAAGUUUCAAGCGAAAUAGUUUUGAAAAUCUAUUGCCCCGUUUUACCCCUGAGGAUUUUUUGGGCAACGGAAAGCUACACUGGCCUUGCCAUUUUUUACUCUCAUUUUAAAGUGAAAAACACUUUCUUUUCGUGAAAUCAAUUCUUCAUGUCCAUUACGAACGUUCACGCCCUUCAUACAUUUCCUUUGUUCCUCAUAGACAAUUGGGAUAUAAGUUGAACGUAAAAGGGGGGGAAAUACGUGAAUGUGCGUGACUGGUUUUCAGAAGGUUGUAAAAAGCCUUGGGUAUUGGGUUCUUUUUUUUCAUCGCGAAGUUGUAGAUGGGUUCACGACCUCAUUCAGAAUUUUUCGUUCCUCUCUUUCACAUCGAAUUCCCUCACGCAAUCCUCAAUCGGAUCAUUCAAUCAAGCAAAAAUACUGAAUUUAAGAGGUAACUGGAAAAAAAUGUUAUAGGAAAAGUGACCGCAUUUUCUAGAAAAUUCGAUUGUAUUUCUAUUAAAAAAUCGAAAA